AUGUAUGCAGCUGGUUUCAGACCUGGUUUUGAUCCCUUAAUUAAAGCAGCUGUGUACGCUUUCAAUGCAACUACAAACGCAAAGCUUCGGUGGAUGCAAGAAGAUCUCACCUGUCAAGGAAAUCUUCCUGCAAUCAAGGAUUUCUUUGCUGAACGUUUUGUGAAUUUAUCUUCUUACACUUUUGAAUCAAACACGGAAAUUGCUUCACGCACUGGUGCUCCUUUGUGGGCUGGACAAGCUUUCUACGUCUCACCUAACGCACAAGUCUUCGCUUCCAACAUUGCUGUCACAUUUGACAAGUUUGUCAAUGCACCUCACAACAACAACAAUAUCAGUCGAUAUUCUUUUGGUUUCUGGAUAUGUAUCAACUGCAAAACUGGGAAACUUUACUCACUAAAAAAUGCUGAGUUUAAAGGCAAUAAUGUUGGAUCUUGCUUCUUUUUGGACGACUACAACAUUGUAGUUGAUUAUGAUGAGUGUGAUGGUGUGGUUGAGAUGCUGUGGAAUAGCCACAUUGAGCACCACACUUCUAAUUCAGAAACUUAUAACGCUCGGAACGUUACAGUUGUCCCUCCAAGAGGAAAAAUUACUCGAUCUGGCUGUGCUUGCCAGAUCAACCAAACUUUGGUGGAUAGAAUUAAUCAAGUCAAUGAGAUGCGUGGUGAUAUGAACGAUGAGGAGUGGAACAAUUUUCGUGGAACUCUUUUGACCGGCUAUCCUGAGGAGGCACGCAAGGAAAAAAUAGCUAAGUUGGCUGCAAAAAAUGGAAUUAAUGACCUCAGUUUAUCAUUUGUACCUUGA